CAUAACCUGGCAUCAGCAGUCUAUCCUUUAUUUGCCUAUGGGUAAACUCACCGCUGUCACUUUGUCAGUCUUAUCAUUUUAGAUAACCUUAUAUUUAUAAGAAAAGUUUAUUGCAAAAGCGUAUAAAUAUACAUUUACUUUAGCAAAGUUGAAAAUCGUAAAUAUUUUCUAAUUGGGAAGAAUGUCGACCGAUAUUGAUACUCUUGUUUGUGAUGCAAUAGCCGAUCCCCCAAGAAUUUCUGAAGAAACAACUUUAAAAGAACAAAUGCGGAUUCAAGAGCAACAAAAUCAAAAGAUUCCAUCUAAUCCAGAAAUCGGCAACGUUAGUAAUAAACACCGUCAUCAACGUUUAAAUCAUGAAAAUAGUAGUGCGUCCGAUGAUCGCGAUUCUAACCACGAUAAAGAACAAGAGAAAAAGCCAAGGAGAAAAUCGCGAAAGAAUAGCAGCUCAAGUAAUAAUCGGGGUAUGACCAUUAACAACGUUGUAAGUGGUUCUACCAACGUCAGUAUCAAUUUUUCUAAUCAAACUCUGAUAAAUGUCAAUGCAAAUAGUACAUCAGCAAGCAAAAAAGAACAAGACAGAAACAAAGAGACAGAUAAAGCAAAUAAAGAAAUGCCACAGUAUAUUAAAAGUUUGAUCGAAUGCCAAUCAAUAAUUACUACUCUGGAUAAAUUGACAACCAAGCAGUAUAUAGGAGACAAUUGGAAAAAAGUGGCCAAGAAUCUUGAUUUAAAAAAAAGUGAAGUAGAACAAUGCUUUAUAGAUCACAGUAAAGAAGGCAUAGGAGAGGUGAUGUUCCAAGUUCUAACAAUUUGGAACCAUAGGUAUGGGAAGCUAGCUACACUUGGUGCAUUACUCAAAGCACUCUGGACUGCUGAAGAAUAUGUUUGUGCCAAAGAAUUGGCAGUUAUUCAUAAAUCAGAAUAAUUCUUUUUCAAUAGAAUU